UCUAAGACGUGUGUGUGCGUAUAUAUAGAAUUUUUUUAUUUAUAUAUGUAAGUGGAAACAUAUGUUUCCCCCACACAAAUGCGGUGAUUGUUCCUUGGUCGUGUCUCAUGUUGACUUGUCUUGACAAUUGUGUGCCAAGAGGCAGUUAAGCAGGCAGAGCCUAAAGAGAGCAGGAGCGCCGGUGUCUGGCAGCAAUUCACCGCAGACAAACCGAUACGAAGAGAAGCUCCCUGGAGCACCGAGAGCAGUGGGAAUUAAGGCAUCAGGGAAUGGCAAGAUACGGCACGGAGCUGCAGCGAAGAAAUCGGUGGCUGAUUUUGAUGAGCCACGUUGGAUCAUUGUGGCUGGUAAACAGGGUCUGAGCAUGGUUGGAGAGACUCUGGAUGAAGUGUUUCCACCUUUGGAAGUAGAAAUGUGCGGUGUGCAGGGGAGCCCAACGCUGUGCAUCCUACAAACCCGGAAUACGAGGUGGCCCUCUCUGCUGAAGAUCCUGCCGGCUGAGCAGAUCAGACGAGCCAGGGGAAAGGAUAGAUUUAUGAGUAACACGAGCAGUGUAAUAAAGUGCAAGUGGCAAGCUCCUGCUGCUUUUUCUGUUGAAGUCCUUCUGACAGCCGUGUUAAUAAUACACGAUUGGAUAGAAAAAACAAAGGCGCUGCACAGCAGCAAAAAGCCAGUUAUUACAGGGCUGCUACAUUCGUGUAAAAAUGGUGUGUUUUAGCAGAUAAGAAGCACUGUCUCUGUGCCAGAUAGCAUCACACACAGUGAAGAGCGGCUUCAGCCUGUGGCUUUCUGGUGGUUUGGGGACAACUUUGAAGGACUCUGUGGAAGAGGGCAGGAGAGCAGAGCUGUCCAGCGCUCCGUACUGUGACCCCCUCCGGGAAGAUCAAAGUGAAGAAGGUUGCACACAGCGUGGGUAAAAGCCUCGCAGACUGGAGAGGGCGCGAGAAAGCGGCCCGGAGGGGUGCUGGAGCAAGAUGUGGUUCUCCAGUCCAUUGACCGUGCCAUUGAGGCUGUGCACAACGCGGCCAUGAAGAAUGGGGGCAAGUACAACCUGGAGCAGAGAGACGUCCUGCAAAAACUGAUCCAUCACCGGAAGGAGACCGUGUCCCGCAAAGGUCACUCGCCAGCCCCUCAGGGGAUGGUUAUGACCCAAUCCUCCAGCGAUCACCACCUGGACGUGGCGCGGCAGCCCAACGGGAUGUGCCGGACAGGGUAUGAGCGACAUCACAGUCUUCCAAACACGGAGUUUGAGGAGGAGGAUGAAGGCCUGUAUCAGAUCCCGCCGCAGCCCCGACGUGCUGCUCCCAUCACUCCCCCGCCUCCAGAGAAACGCAAGAACGCGCAGAUCGCUGCUCCUAUUAAGAAUGCUGUUGAAAUUAUCCCUGGGUCAGCUUCUAGCGCCUCCUCUAUAAGCACAACAUCCCUGGAUACCUUGUAUACCGCUUCUUCUGCGUCAGAAACCGUUCUCCCGACCGCCACGUCCAGUCCUGCCAACACACCUCCGCCUGUCCCCAGCCGGAGCGUUCACACCACCAUAACGCGCAAUUUGGAUGCGAGCUUGGUGGCUCACUCCCGCUAUGGGACCUCCCCAAAAGAGGAGGCCAGCAAAUCUCCCCAGACCAAGCGGGCUGCCCCCGCGCCGCCCGCCGAAGGAGAGGCCCGGCGGUCCAGUGCUGCGGAUGGGGAGAAGGAUCCUCAGAUCAAGAAAGCCGCCCCAGCUUCCCCUGCAAGCCUUGAUGCUUUCAGCGCGCUCUGCCUUGAUGACAAGAAGGCAGUCGCGGUAGAGCCCGCCGCCCCAGAGCCCGGUGGCCUGACGGCAUCUGUGCCAAAGACGAUCGGGGCCGAGCUGAUCGAGCUGGUGCGCAGGAACACCCACCUCAGCUACGAGCUGUCCCGCGUGGCCAUUGGUGUGGUGAUCGGCCACAUCCAGACCUCCGUUCCGGCAACCAGCAACGUCAUGGAGCAGAUCCUCAUCUCCGUGGUGGAGAGCAAGAAUCUGAGCUCUGGGCUGCCGUCGGGGCAGGUCUGCCAUGACGAGCAGCGGCUGGAGGUGAUCUUUGCAGAUCUGGCCAGGCACAAGGAUGAUGCUCAGCAGCGCAGCUGGGCACUCUAUGAGGAUGAAAAUGUCAUCUGCUGUUACCUGGAGGAGCUACUUCGCAUCCUGACAGAUGCAGACCCAGAAGUUUGCAAGAAAAUGUGCAAGAAGAAUGAGUUUGAAUCAGUUCUGUCCCUUGUCGCAUAUUAUCAGAUGGAACACAGGGUGCCAUUACGGCUGCUGCUGUUGAAAUGCUUUGGAGCAAUGUGCAACUUGGACGCUGCGAUUAUCUCAACGCUUGUAAACUCUGUGCUGCCGAUGGAGCUGGCCCGUGACAUGCAGACUCACACACAAGAUCAUCAAAAGAUGUGCUAUUCUGCACUGGUGCUGGCAAUGAUAUUCUCCAUGGGGGAGCCUCUGCCAUAUCAUCACUAUGAGCAUCUCAACUCACAGUUUGUGCAGUUCCUGCUGGAUGUGAUUGAGGACGGGCUGCCCUCAGACACCACCGACCAGCUGCCCGACUUAUUUGUCAAUGUCCUUCUGGCCUUCAACCUCCACAUUCCAGUUCCAGAACACAGUGUGAUCAUGACGACAAUAAGCAAGCACUCGAAUGUCAAGACUUUCACAGAAAAGCUGCUGCUGCUGCUGAAUAGGGGAGAUGAUCCAGUUUGUAUCUUCAAGCAUCAGCCUCAGCCCCCACACUCAGUGCUGAAGUUUCUUCAGGACAUCUUUGCCAGCAAGGACACUGCCAGCAUCUUCUACCACACGGACAUGAUGGUCCUGAUAGACAUCUUGGUGCGGCAGAUCGCAGAUCUCUCCCCUGGAGACAAGCUGAGAAUGGAGUAUCUGUCUCUGAUGCACGCCAUCAUCCGCUCGACGCCGUAUCUGCAGCACCAGCACCGCCUCUCUGACCUGCAGGGCAUCUUGCAGCGCAUCCUAGGAGAGGAGGAAGAGGGACAGCAGUGCCAGAUGGACAAACUGAUCAUCUUGGAAAUUUAUAAAGAGUUUCCAGAAAUCUCUCCGGGUACCAGCUAACCGCUCCUUGGCUUGGACUGGAGCUUGAACCACUUGGAUCAAAGACGUCUCCUGUUGACACUUUCUCCCCAUUCCCUUCCAGUACAGCUCAUACCUUAUAUUCCUCCCUGUGAGGCCUAAGGUUCGGACAGAGUGUUCAUGGCCCUUUAGAAAUGCCAGCGGCAGGAGGGGCAUGGGGUGCCCCCGGGGCCUGGUGCUCUGGGGACGUCAGUGCUUGGCGGAGCGGAGUUGGGCGCUAGCUUGAGGCUUGCAUACAAGGCUUGAGACAGGAGGGUAUUUAACCAGCUGGUCUUGACAGAAGGGCAGAGAGCUUGUGAGGGACUUGGCAGUUGGGAUGGCUGUGUGCAUUUAGCUACGCUGGUGUCCUUAGGUCCCAGAGCGAAAGGCCUUUGCCUUAGGGGAAUCACCUCUUUUCCAUGUGCAUCUCUCCCUGCAGUGACCAAGUGGAGUCUGCUGGUGCUUGGAAGAAGCUUUCGUAACAUCUGUUUUGUUUUCUGCUGCUAGUGCCAAUGUGCUGCAGCCCUGCCAAGGGAGGUAGCUCGCUCGCGCACUGUCUAACGCCUUGCCUGGUGAGCCUUCCGCUCCCUCCUGGCUCUCAGCUUCAAUUCUAGGUUUCAGUCUACCUAUGGUCUUAGAGGUCUUAUCUCAGCAGCUGCUUUUUUUUUUUUUUUUUUUUUUUUUCAAUCUGCUUUCUAUAGUGAUGUUUAAAUCUGAAUUUCUCGCACACUCUGGCAGCCUAGAACUAACAUUUGCCUGAGUGAUGCAGCUCUCGUAGGAAGCCUUUGGCCCAAACGCAAUGCAAAGACAUGUCCUGCCACGUGAAAGCUGCAGCUUGCCGCCUCUCUAGCAGCAUUGCCCCGGGGCCCGGAGCAGAGGGGUUUUCUGUGGGCAGGGGCUCUGUGAAGCGUGUGGAUUUCUUGCCUUGAGCUUCGUAGUGGCUCUGCCUCGCUAUCCUUCCUCUCCACGUGGCAGUGCUCAGAGGCCGCCUGAGCCUGGUGUCCAGUAGCUCUGUUGUGACUAUGCACGAGUGUGGGGAACCAUUAUUUAUAUUUCUUCUAGGUUUCUAGCAAACAGGAUUAACCUGUUCCCUUGUUACAGAUAGAGUCACAAACUAACGUGGAUCAAUUAGAUAUUCCUGUGCGCAGUCUGGUCACUCCCUUUCCCCAGCUGUUCCUUUACAGUGUGCUGUGUAGGAGCCCUUGGAAAGUGGAACUGGUAAUACUGGAAAUAGUGGGCAUGGUAUUCUUAGCUUGGGGAAAUGACACCUGAGUUCUGCCCUGCAGGCCUGGGCUCUGGGCACUGGGGCAGGGAUGCUCAGGGAUGGAGGGGGUUGGCCUGGCAGCCGGGGGUGAGGAUGCCUCCAGGUCAGCCCACGAACACCCAAAGCUUAAUAACCACCCUCGUAGAGAAACCUAUUUUUUCCCUGUAAAAAAUGUACGAAUGUCAAAAGGGAUCCUGUAUUUUCUUAAACACUAAGUGUAACAUGCAGAGGAAUAAAAACGUCUUAAACUGGG